ACCCACCUCCACCGCCGCACUAAACCCCAAGCUUCCCUCCCUUGUCACUUCUCCGACGACGCUCCCUCUCUCUGCACGUCCGCCGAAGCUAGCAGCAGCUUCUCAAAGCCUGCUCUGUUCUGCUCUGCUCACUGCCGCUGCGUCGAUCGAGCUCUCGUUCUCGUAGAGACACGUACCAGCCGCUCCAUGGAUCUGCUGAACCCGGAGCAGAUCUCGGAGUUCCGCGAGGCGUUCGCGUUCUUCGACAAGGACGGCGACGGCUGCAUCACGGUGGAGGAGCUGGCGACGGUGAUGGGGUCGCUGCAGGGGACGCGGCCUAGCGCGGAGGAGCUCCGCGAGAUGAUCCGCGACGCCGACGCCGACGGCAACGGCACCAUCGACUUCGCCGAGUUCCUUGGCCUCAUGGCGCGCAAGACCGCCGGCGCCGGAGGGGACGGCGACGGCGCCGACCCCGACGAGGAGCUCCGCGAGGCCUUCAAGGUCUUCGACAAGGACCAGAACGGAUACAUCUCCGCCACCGAGCUGCGGCACGUGAUGAUCAACCUCGGCGAGAAGCUGACGGACGAGGAGGUGGAGCAAAUGAUCCGGGAGGCGGACCUCGACGGCGACGGCCAGGUCAACUACGACGAGUUCGUCAGGAUGAUGAUGCUCUCCGACGGCCACGGCGGAGGCCACGCCGGAGCCGCCGCCGUCACCCAACACCAAUGAAUCCGUCCGGUCCGUCCAUCUCUACGGCGGCGGCGGCCGGCCAUAUGUAGCUAGCAGGCUAGCGUUCCUUUUCCAUCCCAUUCCCAGCCUCCAUUUUCUUCUCCGAUGGAGCAUCUCUCUCUCCCUCUCUGUAGUUCUCGUGUUCCUUCAACGAUUAUUCAUUGUCUGUAGCUGAUGAUUAAUCAACGAUUUAUUGAUCGACUCGUCAAAGGAUGACGACUGGUGAUUGAUUAA